AUGACAGAGAACAAAGCCAUAAUAAUCGGAGUGUCGGGAAUUUCGUCCUCAGGCAAGACGACCUUAGCCCGGAUACUGCGAGACAUCUUCCCGCGAACCUGGAUACUUCACGAAGAUGACUUUUACAAGACGGAUCAAGAUAUUCCCAUAACAGACGGGAUCGCGAAUUGGGACUGUCUGGACGCCAUUGAUCUACCGGCCUUGGAAGCGGCACUCUCGUACAUUCGACAACAUGGCAUGUCGCCGCCAAGCUUUGUCUCAAAGGAAGACGACAAUUCUGUUGGCAAAGUCGACGUAGACAAGGUCUUGAUUGAUGACCUGAAGUGGAAAGCAAGCAAGUGGAUGUUCGCGGAUACGCCGCCCAUCUGCAUCAUCGAUGGCUUCUUAUUGUACUCCGAGAACAUGAAGGUGAUCAGAGAUCAGUUCGACAUCAAGCUGUUCUUGCGGACAGACUACGCCACGGCAAAGGCCCGACGUGAGGCAAGGAAAGGCUAUGUAACGCUAGAGGGCUUCUGGGAAGACCCACCCGGGUACGUCGACAGGGUAGUGUGGCCGGAGUAUGCCAAGGAGCACGCUUUCUUGUUCAAGGAUGGCAACGUCGAAGGAGAGCUGGAUCAGGAGCAGCUCAAGAAGCUUAACAUCCAAGCCAUGCCUGCAAACGCGCAGGGUAACAUGACAGCUUGCGUGCAGUGGGCCUUUGAUGUCCUAGACCACGCACUGGACGAACUCACUAUGCCGAAGGAUUGA